UUUAAUUUUGACAAAGGGAGACAACUUUAAAUUUUAUUUAGUCGCGAAAUUGGCGAUCUAAUUCUUCUUCACUGAUUGACGAAAUAGAUAUCGAUAGCGAGCAAAGAUGAGUAAUGUGGAUGUAAAAGAUAUUUUGGAGUUGGAUAGAGGUCCUGAGAAGGAAUUUAUCACGAAAGGUGCUCUUAUGAACAGUGAUAAAAAGAAAAAGCCAACACGAAAGUCUGAUGUAACAUUUAAGAGACCAGAGGGUAUGCACAGGGAGCUAUGGGGUCUACUGUGGACAGAUAAUAGGUUCCCAUGCAACAAAGAUGCCCCACCCUUAAUACCAACGGACACAAAUCAGGGCUAUAAACAAAUGAAGGCUAAGAUUGGAAGUAGUAGGGUUAGACCCUGGAAAUGGAUGCCGUUUACAAACCCAGCUAGGAAAGAUGGAGCCAUUUUCCAUCACUGGAGGAGAGUGGCUGAUGAAGGGAAAGAUUAUCCAUUUGCAAGAUUUAAUAAGCAACCAGAAGUGCCUGUAUACUCCGACCUUGAGUAUCAGCAGCAUCUCCAUGACGAUAACUGGACCCGACAGGAGACCGAUCAUCUGUUUGACCUGUGUAAGAGGUUCGCGCUGAGGUUUGUGGUAAUGAAUGACCGCUGGGACAGGGAGAAAUAUGCUGACCGAAGUGUUGAAGAUCUGAAAGAAAGAUAUUAUAAUAUAUGUAACAAACUAGUUAAGGUACGAGCCCCACACGGAACAGAACCAAAGAUCCGAGCUUUUGAUGCUGAACAUGAGAGAAAACGAAAAUCACAGCUUAUUAAAUUGUUUAACAGAACAACAGAACAAAUUGAAGAAGAAGAUAAGCUGAUAGAAGAACUAAAGAAGAUUGAGUUAAGAAAGAAAGAGAGAGAAAAGAAAACACAAGAUCUACAGAAGUUGAUCACGGCCGCUGACAGUAAUAUUGAUAGCCGUAAAGCAGACAAGAAGAAAACAAAUAAAAAAUUCCAGCAACAACAAAAGAUUAAAGAUACUACAGCACAAACACCAGAAACAACAGGAAUAAAGUUCCCAGACUUUAAACAGCCGGGAGUUUAUGUCAGGAGUCAAAAGAUGAAAUUGCCUGCAUCAAUAGGACAAAAGAAAACAAAAGCCAUAGAACAAGUUUUGGAAGAGCUUGGAAUAGAAUACAAUCCAAUGCCCACAGAUGAAAUUACUACACAUUUCAACGAGUUACGGCAAGACAUUGUGUUACUGUAUGAACUAAAACUUGCUCUCGCUACUUGUGAUUACGAGCUAGAAACUUUGAAACAUCAGUAUGAAACUAUAAAUCCUGGAAAGACUCCAGAUGUACCUUUACCAGAAAAUCCUGACCCGUUGUUAGAGAUAGGACAAAGUGAAGAUGACCAAAGUAAAGACUCUAUUGACGUUGUUGGAAGUUUAACACCAAAUAGAAAAAGGAAAGCAGCACUGGAAUCUACAACUGCACAUCUAUUAAAGAAGAUGAAAAACAAAGUAUGAUUGAACAUCAACAGAAUAAAACAUGUGCUGUUGUGACGUGACUAUAAUUGAUCAAAACAUGCAUGCAAAAGAAGCUUAAAAAUUGCCCAUAUAUUAAGGAAAGAUAAUGAAGAUGGAAUGCAAUUGAUGACAAUUCAUCAACAGACAAAAACACAAGCAAAUAUUAUUGAUCAAUUUGUGGACUAAAUACCUAAGAUGAAUGCGUAAAAAGAAUAAUAAAGCUUUGAACUUUCACAUCUAAAGGAUAAAACAAGUGCAAUUUGUGAGUACAUAUAUUGACCAAUGUAUUGAGUGUAUACGUCAGUGGGUUGUGAUGAAAAUGAAAAGCUUUGAUAUGCAACAGGAUCAACAUGGGGACUGAUAUAAAUGGAACAAAGUGGAGAUAAACAUUUUCAAAACAUUACUGGAAUAUGUAUGUGGAAAAAUAAUGCUGAAGUUAACAGCUUUGAUAUACAUAAUGGAAGUAAAUGUUUAAGUACAGAAGCGACAAAUCACAUUAUUUUGAAAUAUGAAUUGGUUCAUGAAAGAUUGACAUUUUUUUCUGAACAAUAAGAAGUUUUUAUUCAUUUGGACAUUAAUUGUGUUGAUGGAUAUUGCAACAAGUUAGUGUAUUUUUUAACUUGAAAGAUAGAAUUUAAGUUUUAGGUCUUGAAAGAGUUUUAUUGUACUGGAGUGGAAGGUUGGACAACAUGAAGUAUAGACAAACCCAGUCUAUAUAUAACAUGUAUUACUUGAUUUCAUUCCAUUUUGCUUAAUAAGAGUUCAAGCAGCUUGACUUGAAAGUGUUAUGUCUUUACUCAGGUGAUCUUUUUUGAGGGGGGGGGGGGGGGGGGGUUGGCGUUUAAAUGAAAAGCACAUUUGUUAAGCUUAACAGCAUAUAAGUUAGAGAUAUUGUUUUAUGAUUUAGACAUGAAUAUACUAAAAGCAGGUUACCUUAGUCUUAGAUGGUAACAUACAAAUCAUUGCUUAUUGUUGUACUGUAAAUGAUAUGGAUCUUUUAGAGAAUUUAAAGACUUAAGCUGAGCUGCAGAAAUACAAGCAAUUACCUGCUGGGGCCCAAACUGAUUAGCUGUCACCAGUAUAGAGCCAAGCUAGCUAGAACAUUUCAUAAUGUCUGAGACUCCGUGUAUAUUUUAGUAGCAUAGUAGCGCCAUUUUUGUACAGAAUUUUCUUUAAAUUUAAAUACUUUGAACUAAUUAUAAGUCGGGUGAAUUAAAAGAACAGGGGACAAUGAAUUGUCUUUAAUUUUGAAUGCUCUGAAGAAAUUCUAAGCAAUGCGAGUUAUAAAUGUAGGGAAUAAACAUCUUAAUAAAAAAACUAUGUUGUUUAUAUUACACAAAAAGACUUAGUUUCAUUUUGAAGGACAGUGUUUUAACCUGAUUUGAUUUGGUAGAUCAAUCUGAAACUGAGCAAUGAACAGGAAGGAGUCCAGUCAGACAGUAAGGUGUUGUGUUGUUGUUGUUUUUGGUUUUAUUUAUACUGGGCGCCGGUUUCCCAUAUGUCCCAGACUAGUCGGCCUCUAUUACGAUUGCUGGUAACGUAGAGCCUGCAACGGAGGACUUAUUCGCCUGCAACGUCGUCGAUGUCGUAGAGCCGCGACGGAGGUCUUUUCAUGCUGUCGAUCGUCGUAGACCUUCUCUAGAACCCAAUUCCUCGCUUCAUGAACAAUAGAGGAAAGGCACCUCUUCCGGGAGCAGCAGCUCUCUUUAGGGCCACACCCUUCGUCGUUGGUUAGGUCACACCAGCUAAGUGACCUAACUAGGUCACCCAUCUGGUGUGACCUAUGCCUUCCGAGCGACGUGCACGCCACGAAGGGAAGUCGGAAGAAGUGUGUGUAGACUCGCCAGUUUUUAUACUAGUGAUGUAAGCAAGUGUGUGCGUUCUUGUUAUGAAGGAGUUAUGUCUCUGGAAACGUUGAAAACUUCUAUUUUCAUUGAAUGCAAUAUUUUAUGCUGAAUAAAAAUUGAAUGAAAA